AUAAAGGGCCCCGCGCACGGCCCGGCCCCGCAUCGCGCACUCGCCGCUGCACCGAUCGGAACGGUGUCGGGCCACCGCUGCAGUUCAAGAUGUCUAAAAAAAUCCAUGGAGGUUCUGUUGUGGAGAUGAAAGGAGAUGAAAUGACACGGGUCAUCUGGGARCUGAUUAAAGAAAAGCUUAUUUUUCCUUAUGUAGAUCUGGAUUUGCACAGCUAUGACUUGGGCAUUGAGCAUCGUGAUGCCACAAAUGAUAAAGUAACUGUGGAAGCCGCUGAAGCCAUAAAGAAAUACAGUGUUGGCAUAAAAUGUGCAACCAUCACUCCUGAUGAGAAGAGAGUGGAGGAGUUCAAGUUGAAGCAGAUGUGGAAGUCUCCCAAUGGCACAAUUAGAAACAUCCUAGGUGGCACUGUCUUCAGAGAAGCUAUUAUCUGCAAGAACAUUCCCCGGCUGGUGUCUGGAUGGGUGAAACCCAUUGUCAUCGGUCGUCACGCGUACGGGGAUCAAUACCGGGCAACUGAUUUUGUGGUACCUGGGCCUGGAAAAGUAGAGAUGACCUACACUCCCACAGAUGGAGGCAAACCAGUCACAUAUCUGGUCCAUAACUUUGAAAGCUGUGGUGGWGUAGCMAUGGGAAUGUACAAUCUUGACCARUCUAUCAAGGAUUUUGCCCACAGUUCCUUCCAAAUGGCACUGUCUAAAGGCUGGCCCCUCUACAUGAGCACCAAGAACACCAUUCUGAAGAAAUAUGAUGGCCGCUUCAAAGACAUCUUCCAAGAUAUAUAUGACAGAGAAUACAGCUCCCAGUUUGAAGCCAAGAAGAUCUGGUAUGAGCAUAGGCUCAUUGAUGACAUGGUUGCUCAGGCCCUGAAAUCUGAAGGAGGCUUUGUCUGGGCCUGCAAGAACUAUGAUGGGGAUGUGCAGUCUGACUCCGUUGCACAAGGCUAUGGCUCCCUGGGGAUGAUGACCAGUGUGCUGAUCUGCCCUGAUGGCAAGACUAUUGAAGCAGAAGCUGCUCAUGGGACAGUUACUCGUCAYUACCGCAUGCACCAGAAAGGCCAAGAAACCUCCACUAACCCCAUUGCCUCCAUCUUCGCGUGGACAAGAGGCCUCGCUCACCGGGCUAAGCUGGACAACAACCCUAGCCUCAAGAACUUUGCAGUUGCCCUGGAAGAAGUCUGCAUUGAGACCAUUGAAUCUGGCUUCAUGACAAAGGAUCUUGCUGCCUGCAUCAAAGGCCUGCCUAAUGUCACACGCUCUGAUUACCUGAACACCUUUGAGUUCAUGGACAAGCUUGCUGAAAACUUGAAGCGGAAGCUGGCCUCUCUACCCAAAGCUUAAGGCAUGGGUUUUACUCAAGCUCCCCUAACAAAGUGUCUCCCACUUAAAACAGAGUGUAAAUGGCACUGUGUCAUACAUUUUUGUGCUUCUUUUAGGCUGUUCUUCAGUUUUAUCACACUGGCAGAUACUUCCUAUCAGAAUCAUCUCUUUGCCCAAUUACUCAUUUUUCUCUUGGUUUUCUGUCUGAUGUUYUUUGUGCUUACACCUCAGUCCUCUUGCAAAGCACAGGCACUUGAGGGCUCUUUCCUCAAGAAAAGUGAAUUUUGUAGACUGGAAUCACCUGAGGGAACUUCAUGUCUUGAGAAGGUAUCAACUGGAGCUUUUAGCAAGCUCUCCAUASUUUGGAUCUCAAAGAUAGGUCCUUUCUCAACCUGUUGUGUUAAGUCAACACUUCCAGGACUGUGCAGCUGUGCUGGAUUCACCACAUAUGUACUUCCAAAGUCUUGGGCUUCAGGAGAGGGGGAAUGGUAUUCCACACCACAGUCUCUAUUCUUCCUGUCACAAGCCCCCACACAAGCCUUCUGCCCCAUCUCACAGACUUCAGAUUCACUAGAACAUGUAACUUCUGGCUGAAGAAGCUUCUUUGCAUUUUGAUCACACUCUUCACUUUGAGAUCUAUMAGGACUACUUUCUGCAUAGUUUUUAAUUGCAGUUGUUUUCUUUUUUCCUGUUCUUGCUUUUUUAACAGUCUUUUUGUCUCCAGUUUUAGUUUUUUAACAGGCUUCCUCCCAUCUACAAACAUUCUCCCUCCCAUGAUUCAGUCUUGCUGAAUUUUUAGUCUCACUCCCCCCAUAUGUGAAACUAUACAAAUAUAUAGAUGAUAGUCUAAUUGAAGGAGAUUCCCAUUAAAAGGUGGGAGAAGCAGCAGCAGUAUGGGAAGCAUUACAUGAAGCAGAAACUGAAAUUCCACCUGAAAAAUGUCAAGUACCGAGUAAAGAAAUAAAACUUUGGGGUACUUGGUGGAUGUAGUGAAUGCAGUAGCUCCUGCAGACACUUGAAAAGAAUUAAAACAAAUAGAAAUGYCCCCAUCAAAGAAAAAAUUAUCAGAGUUAAUGGGAACUUUAGGACAUUGGAGAAAACACRUACCCACAUUUUCUGUCAUUGCUCAUGUAAGUGGCUCUGUAUCAUGCUUUGUUGUGUAACAAUUCAAACACUAGAUAAAAACGAACAUAAACACUUAAGUUUUUAGAAAAUCAUGUUUUUUGAAAUGUUUGAGCUGCUGGGCUAAUCCUUACUUUUGUGAAGCAGAUGAAUGUGAUAAAAGCUCAGCAGGGGUCUGGAUUCSUAAUUCUGUUUACUGCAGACUUGAGGUUUCUCUCUCUGAUGUUGGUCUCUUCUUCUCAGUCUGAAAGCCGGUUUGUGUCACAGCUCUAGUCAAACUAGUGGUGACCUACUGUCCAACAGACCUUAGAAAUCAGAACCGUCCACUUUCCAGUAAAUAUAAGUGAGCUCAGAGGGCUAUACCAGCUCUACUGCAGCCCUGCUGAAUUUAUCUUCUAGUGCCAACCAGAGCACAAUGUCCUGAUAGCAAGGGAUUUGGUUCCAUUGCUACACUCAGGACUAUAGCAUGUUAGUAGCACUUAGUAAAUGCUGGAAACAAGCCUUAUAGGCUAAGAGCCUACCAAAGCCAUGCUGCAGUGUCUAAAUGCAGGACAUGCAUUUAGUUAUGCUCCUUCUGACUGGAUGUGAAGCAUAGGAACUGUUAACCUUUUCUGUCACCCCACAGUUCAUAAAGGUGCAAACUUUUCUCUAAUUGUCUGGACUAUUACCCUUCGUGUUGUCUUACAGCAAGUCAGAUCAUGACUGUGAAAACUUAUUCCAUCCAUGGUURGGUAUUGGGGUUUUUUUAAGGAAUAUUUUUAGUUCAGACUAAAAUAAAAGCCAAUUAACAUUC